AUGCUAUCUGGGCGACCCGAACUCCAGAUAGCUCGCGGGCCCCAUCGCCCUACGGAUGCUGCAGGGGUGUAUGCUAUUCCAGGCCCCAACCUGGACCCUUCCCCUCCACAGGGCCCCAACCUGGACCCUUCCCCUCCACAGGGCCCCAACCUGGACCCUUCCCUUCCACAGGGCCCCAACCUGGACCCUUCCCCUCCACAGGGCCCCAACCUGGACCCUUCCCCUCCACAGGGCCCCAACCUGGACCCUUCCCCUCCACAGGGCCCCAACCUGGACCCUUCCCCUCCACAGGGCCCCAACCUGGACCCUUCCCCUCCACAGGGCCCCAACCUGGACCCUUCCCCUCCACAGGGCCCCAACCUGGACCCUUCCCCUCCACAGGGCCCCAACCUGGACCCUUCCCCUCCACAGGGCCUCAACCUGGACCCUUCCCCUCCACAGGGCCCCAACCUGGACCCUUCCCCUCCACAGGGCCCCAACCUGGACCCUUCCCCUCCACAGGGCCCCAACCUGGACCCUUCCCCUCUACAGAGCCCCAACCUGGACCCUUCCCCUCCACAGGGCCCCAACCUGGACCCUUCCCCUCUACAGAGCCCCAACCUGGACCCUUCCCCUCCACAGGGCCCCAACCUGGACCCUUCCCCUCCACAGGGCCCCAACCUGGACCCUUCCCCUCCACAGGGCCCCAACCUGGACCCUUCCCCUCCACAGGGCCCCAACCUGGACCCUUCCCCUCCACAGGGCCCCAACCUGGACCCUUCCCCUCCACAGGGCCCCAACCUGGACCCUUCCCCUCCACAGGGCCCCAACCUGGACCCUUCCCCUCCACAGGGCCCCAACCUGGACCCUUCCCCUCCACAGGGCCCCAACCUGGACCCUUCCCCUCCACAGGAGCCCAAAAUGGACCCUUCCCCUCCACAGAGCCCCAACCUGGCCCCUUCCCCUCUACAGGGCCCCAACCUGGACCCUUCCCCUCCACAGGGCCCCAACCUGGACCCUUCCCCUCCACAGGGCCCCAACCUGGACCCUUCCCCUCCACAGAGCCCCAACCUGGACCCUUCCCCUCCACAGAGCCCCAACCUGGACCCUUCCCCUCCACAGAGCCCCAACCUGGACCAUUCCCCUCUACAGAGCCCCAACCUGGACCCUUCCCCUCCACAGAGCCCCAACCUGGCCCCUUCCCCUCCACAGGGCCCCAACCUGGACCCUUCCCCUCUACAGAGCCCCAACCUGGACCAUUCCCCUCUACAGAGCCCCAACCUGGACCCUUCCCCUCUACAGAGCCCCAACCUGGACCCUUCCCCUCUACAGAGCCCCAACCUGGACCCUUCCCCUCUACAGAGCCCCAACCUGGACCUAUAA